UUUGUUUCUUUCCUUUUUCCCACUAGGAACUAGAAAAGACAGUCCACAUGGGAAAACUCAGAGGAGAGUACUGAUCUUUUGUCUCCUUCAAUCUUCCAAUUGUUUUCCAGUAGCAUAGAUAAGGAAGAGUAAUUAAUCAAUGUUUCAAUUUUCUUGUGCUAGAGGCAAGGAAGAGUAACACCUCCUUCUUUCUGCCUCUCUGUCUCUCCUGCAUAUAUUUAAAUAGAAUUCAACCAAAAAAAAAAAAGACCUCGAUUUCCAUCUUCCUUUUCACUUUCUUUCUGGGAUUUUCUCAACAAUGAGAAGCAUAGCAUCCUGUUAUAGUGAACAUGCCAUCAAAGUGUCAGAUUCUUAUUGUUCAGGCCCUUCAACUCAGGCCUAUCUCUCUCCCAACCUUGCCCCUUCAACCCCAAAUGCUAUAACAUGUAUAUACAAAGCUAAACUCUCCUCUCAAAGAAACCUUCUGAUCACCCUCACAUGGUGCAACAACCUCAUAGGCCAAGGCCUAAUAAUCAAUGUUGACGAAAGCCUCUCUACUCCAUCCAAAUUCAAGUCCAAUUCUCACCAGCUGAGAAAGAACAAAGGCAACAAAACAUUCAAAUCUUGCAAUUCAGAGAUUGAGGUCUUUUGGGACGUUUCUGAUGCCCAGUAUAUCAAUGGACCUGAACCAAGUACCAGGUUUUCUGUCAUAGUUUUAGUUGACUCAGAACUCUGUCUACUUCUUGGGGAUAUGAAUGAAGAAUUACAAAUUGAAAAGAUUCAAUCAGGACAACCAGCUGCAAAAUUCUCAUUGGUUUCACGAAGCGAAAAUUUCUCGGGCAGUACUGUUUAUUCAACCAAGGCACAAUUCUGUGAUACAGGAUUGGCUCAUGACAUUUUAAUCAAGUGCAGUGGAGAAGAAGAAGGGUGGAGAAAUCCUGUAUUGUCUGUCUGCAUUGACCAGAAGAAGAUUUUCCAAGUGAAGAGAUUGAGAUGGAAUUUCAGAGGCAACCAAAUAAUUUUUUUGGACGGAUUGUUGGUGGAUAUGAUGUGGGAUUUGCAUGACUGGCUCUUUAAGCAAACAUCUGGCUAUGCUGUCUUCAUGUUCAGAACAAGGAGUGGGUUGGAUAGCAGGCUGUGGUUGGAGGAAAAGGGCAGCCUGGAACAGAAGGAGAAAGAAAGAGCUGAGUUCUCCUUGUUGAUCUGUGCUUGUAAGAGUCCUGACUAGUUCUUUUGUUAUUUGUUUGAUAGAUUUUUUUUUUUUAGUAUGAUCUG